UCAUCAUUCGCAGACAUCCGUCAUGCUGUCGCCGUUGCCGCGUACGCCGGGCUUCCACCGCCCUUCCUUCUCGUACGAUGCCGAGAUCCCUCUAGAAGAGCAGCGCGAGGGGAGCGUGAAAAGUGCUGUCAAGGAGGCGCAGGAGGAGACGCAGGCCUGCUGGUUGUUCGCGCUCGUGGGUGUGGGCUACCUCUUCCCCUUCUCGGCGCUCACACAGCCUGUGGACUACUGGAACUUCCUCUUUCCGGACUACAACAUCGAGUUCGCAUUGACUUCCACCUUCAUGUACACCAACCUCGUCUUCUUGGGCAUCAUCGUCGUCGUGUUUGGUAAACCCUGGUACAAUGGCCGCAUCGUUGGAGGCUUCAUGGGGCAGCUCUUGGUGCUGGCGUUUGUGCCUACUUCCUACUUCUUCCUCACGUCCGAGAACGCCAAUGCCUUUGCAGUACUGGGUGGCACCGCGGUGGCCUCCAUAGCCACUGCAUUCAUUGACAGUUCCACCAUCGCGCUGGUAUCGCACUAUCCCCAACGGGUACAGGAGAGUUUCCAGCUUGGAGUUGGACUCAGUACGCUCAUCGGCAGUCUCUACCGAGACCUGACCAAGCUCGUCUUCCCGGCUAACGAAUUAUUAGCGUCUUCGCUCAUUUACUUCUAUACAGGAGCGCUCACUAUUGCGCUCUGUAUUGGGGCAUUCUACAAGGUCAUGUCGCUCAAGAUCACUAAGAAAUACUUACUCCGCAAGGCAGAUAGCAGCGUGGAGCUUACCGAGCGCUCACCGCUGCUUACAGAGAAGCGACAGUCGGAUAGCGACUCGUUCAGUGUCACUGGCCCUGCUCCGACCAAGUGGACGGUGUUGAAGAAGGUGUGGCACUUGGAGGCGCUGAUCUUGAUGGUCUUCCUCGCUAGUCUGUCAGUCUGGCCACCACUCGUCACGGAAAUCAAGACGUUCAACUUCCCGUCGCUACAGGAGAGUGGCUGGUGGUCACUGAUCCUGCUCACACUCUUCUCGAUCAGUGACUGUGUCGGACGAUUCAUUGUGAACCAUCGCUUUGGCCUCACACCCAGCAACAUUUGGAUCCCGAUCAUGGCCCGGUUCAUCUUAGUUCCGAUCAUUAUCGGCAUCGUCAAAGAGUGGUGGCUGCAGAGUGACAUUUGGUCGGUGCUCAGUGUGUUGAUUCUCGGGUUUGGAAAUGGCUACCUGGGGACACUGACCAUCAUCUUCGUAAGUGAAAGCGUCCACAGUGACGAGCAGCACCUUAUUGGCCCCUUUACGAGCUUCUUCCUGAACUCUGGUCUUGUAUUGGGAUCGACAGUGGGUCUUGUGCUGGAGAAAGUUGUGCUGGGAUAACUGGUUAAAAAAUGUAACAUUAUGUUACGCGGAAUUUCCUGAAGUUGUGAGGGUCUCUUCGAGUUGAUGUUUCGGUCGUUUGGCUCUGUUCUUUUUCUUUACAGU